AGUCAACAGUUGCAUCGGUGUUCGGUUAAGCUCAUCACUCCGAACUGCUUUGAGUACUAUCCGUUAAAUCCACGUUUGUUUAUCCUGCGCGUAUUUACGUAUUUACAUCUUCAAUAACAGGCAUUUCUAAAUCAUCGCUUGUCAGUUGAACUUGGUGAGCUUCCCUUGGAGAAGAGGCAAUAUGGAUUUGGUGUAUCUGGUGUGUUUGGCUCUGAGCAUCGCUGCUGGGUUUGCCUGUGCGGAGAGACACAGCGUCUACUGGAACAGCUCCAAUCCAAACUUCCUGUGGGAUGAGUACGCAGUGGAAGUGCGUAUCAAUGACUACCUGGACAUCAUCUGCCCCCACUACGCCCACGGCGAGGUGUCAUCGCAUGCAGCUGAGCGCUACGUGCUGUACAUGGUGGAGAAGGAGGACUACGAGGUGUGCAAGCCUCACUCCUUCGACCAGCUCCGUUGGGAGUGCUCGCGGCCGUUCGCUCCCCACGCUCCCGAGAAAUUCUCUGAGAAAUUCCAGCGUUUUACUCCCUUCACCCUGGGCAAGGAGUUCAGACAGGGAGAGAGCUAUUAUUAUAUCUCCAAGCCAAUGCAUCACCACGGCCAGGACUGUCUCAGACUGAAAGUGGAUGUUGCCGGCUCCGGAAAAAACAAUGUAGAUAAAUCCAAGGCGGAAGUUACAGGAAAAAGCUUGGAUGGAGGAAAAGUGAAGUUUCCUGCUGCUGGAGGAGUUCACAACCCCUCUAACCGGCUCCCAGCAGAUGACCCUGCUGUGAUGGAGCCAAACAUUCAGAGGAGCAUCGGCAGUUCCGGAGCACAGCUGGUCUCUCUUUCACUUUUCCUGACCACAAGCUCAGUACUAUUAGCCCUGAUGCUCCACUAAGGCUGAGCAAGACCUUACAACAGAGACAAUGCUAACUCAAUGCCGGCCAUUGGGACCAUGAAUGAACACUCAGAGAUUUUUUUUUAGAACUAUUUUUUUAUACAAGCAUGGACUGCUGUCAGUGUGCGUUUGCGUGUGUGUGUGUGUGUGUGUGUGUGUGUGUGUGUUUGUGAGAAUGUGGAAUGUGGAUCGUUCCAAAGAAGAGGACCUUUUUUUUUAUUAUUAUUAUGAGGAUGAGAGUUCUCAUUUGUGACCAUUUUAAAGUGCACUCUUUUUUUUUUCAUUAUGAACAAAACUACAAGCAAACCGAUCAAAUUACUAAUGGAUUGAUAUCAAAUUGAAAAUGACAAGCGGUAUAUUGUCUUCGUUAUCCUGCGUUAUCACCAUUGGUACAGAUUUGCAUUACGCUCCUCAUCUCCAGCUGUUAAUGUGAUUUUUCUUCCUCUACAUGUAGAGAAAUUAUAAAUUAUGUCUAUUGGAAAUGUUGUCAUCUACUGCCAACGUGGAUUUUUGUAGCACUCAGCUCUCUGAUGUAUCUAAUAGCUCUUUAAGUCUGAUACAAAAGCAGUCACAUGACUACUGAAAGCAUUCGACAUCACUCAUCUUUUCUCAGUUCAGUUAUAAAACACACCCAGAAACCAUUUGAUCUAAUCCAAACCAGUGGUUCUCAAGCUUCUUUUUGGCUCAUGAGUUACCUCAUGAUUUGUUUUUACAUUUUAUACUGUAUUUGAUUAUGAAAGUCAAAGGAAAUGGACCAGAAUUUAUUUGGGCCCUAGAAAUAAAAAAAUUAAGAAAUUGUGUCGCAAGUUCUUAGACUGCCAUGUUUUUAUGAGACCCACUCAUCAGAGACUGAUACAUUGAGAUUUAAAAACUAGGUAGGGUUUUAGGGAGCCGAGCCUCUUCUGUACUUCUUCACUCAUUUCUACUGCACAUGGUACACUGGCCGGUGUGCAGAUGUGAUUCCACUUGCACAUCGUCGAACCUCAAACUGAAGGGACUUCCCCAGAAUACAUUUACAGUUGUUUAUUCUACUUGUUUUUUUUUUUUUGUAACUGUUUAUAUGUAAAUGUGUAUAUAGAGACAACUAUAAAACUGUUUAAAGAUGUGAAAACAAAUCUUUAGUGAAAUAAAAAAAAAUUGUGACGUAA